AUGACCACGCUUAAAGUUUCGCCAGCGUUUUCGCAACAGCUGCGUCCAAGUCCCAUUAUUUUUAUUCACGCAAAUGGAUUCCAUAAAGAAGUUUGGGAACCAGUGUUAAAUAAGCUAGCGCAAGAAUAUCAUUUUAAUUCCUGGGAUAUAAAGAUGUGGGUGAUGGGUUGUUAUAAUUCUGGUGAUAGUGCUGUUUUAAAUGAAGCGUAUUUACCGGAUUCCAUUACUGAUCAAAAGAUUCAUCGAACAGCAAUUCGAAGAUUCAACAGUAAAUCUGGUAAAAAAUGUGAAAAAGGUGGAUAA